CGCGGUAGAGCGGCGGCGAGACCGCGACCGCGACGACGAUCGUGAGAGCGACCGUGGCUCGAGGCGGUCGCGCGACAGAAGCCUGAGCCGCGAGCGCGAGCGGAGACGCGACGACCGGCACGACGACGAGCGCGGCGCGCGCCACCAGCGCGACGAUGACAGGAGCAGGGACGAGGAGCGGCACCGCCGCCGCUCUCGCUCUCGAUCCAGGUCGCGUUCCCCCCGACCGCGCAGAUACUCGACCAGUGACCGCGACCGCGAGCGUGACCGUGACCGCCCGCUGGACCGCUCCGACCGCUCGUACCGCCCCGACCGAGACCGUGACCGUGAUCGCGACCGCGACCGCCGAGGGAUGAGCCCGACCCGCGUCGACCGCCGCAGCCACCCCGGCACGGGGUUCCACCGCGCCGACAGCGCCGGAGGGCCGAUGAACGCGUCGCAUGAGGAAGCCGAGGCGCACGCGCGCGUCAGCAAGCGCGAGAACAGACUCUACGUCGGCAACCUCAGCUACGACUGCACGUAUCGCGACCUGGCGGAUUUCAUGAUUGGAGCCGGAGGGAACGUGAUCUUCUCAGAGGUCCUUGUGACCCCAGCAGGCGCCUCAAAAGGCUGCGGCAUUGUCGAGUUUGAGACGACCGACCAGGCGCGUAAUGCCAAGGCCGAGCUCGCCGAUAAGCAGUUCAUGGGCCGAUCAGUCUUCAUCCGCGAGGACCGCGAGGAGACUGCGCGCUUCGGCGCACCCCCGAUCCCAGGCAAGAUGGGUAUGGCGAGAGGCGAGGCGCGUUCCUUCCUCGGCGGCCAGACGCCGGCCGUUGGCACGCGCAAUCUCUUUGUCGGCAACCUCCCAUUACAAGCCUCGUGGCAGGACCUCAAGGACCUGAUGCGUCAGGCGGGCGAGGUCAUCCGCGCAGAUGUUGGUGUGAGCCCCGACGGACGGCCAAAGGGCAAUGGGACGGUCGUGUUCGCCGACCCCGAGGCAGCGCGCCAAGCUAUCCAGUUGUUCAACGGGUUUGACUGGUACGGCAGCAUCCUCGAAGUCCGCGAGGACCGUUUCGCCAACAUGCCGUUCCGCGGGCGAGGUGGCUUCCGUGGCGCCGCGUUCCCGGUGCGCGGGGGUGCGUUUGGCGCGCGUGGCGGCUUCGGACGGGGCGGCUUUGGCGGUGGUGGCUUCGCGGCCGGCGCCAACGCUGCGCCCGUGGGGUACGGCGCCGGGAACGGCAACGGCUUUGGUGGUGGUGGUGGCUACGGCAACAACUUUGGUGCCUCGGCUGCUCCUACUGCCCCGGCCGCUGCGCCAGCCGCGACGUCCGGGUUGAAACCCUUGUCGGCGGAGCCCAACGAGCAGAUUCUCGUACGGAAUCUCCCCUGGUCAACAUCCAACGAGGACCUCGUCGAGCUGUUUGAAACUGUCGGCAACGUUGCCCUCGCCGAGAUCCUGUUCGAGGGCGAGCAGAGCAAGGGCGAGGGCAUUGUGCAGUUUACUGAGACGGCCGAAGCGCAGCAAGCGGGGGACAGAUUCAUGGGUUAUCUCUACGGCGGUCGUCCUCUUGACGUCCAGUUCAACCCUCAGUGGCACUCGUUUGGCGGCUCGGCGGCGCGUGGAGGAGAGGGGGAGCUGGCAGCGUAGGAAUAUGGCACGUUGUAGCUGUUGCCGUAGUGUAUCUGCUGUAUGGGUAUGUGCGGGUGGUGGGUGUGGCAGUUGGGAGCGAGCAGGUCGCAGGGAAGGGAAGCAGCACAAGGCGCCGCCCAUGUCUCGGGCAACAACAUCGACACGACUUCCAGACACUGUUCGUCCACAGCCAUCCCACAUCCCACCGCUCACAUGCACGCAUCGCACCGUGACGGCUUCUUGGUUUACAACAUGUCUGGCUUCCACGGUUUCCGGCAGGACAUGCCCCCACCCGGCGGGUACGAGACGCUCAAGUACAAGCGUAACCUGCCCGUCCGUGGCCCGGGCGGCAUCGCGCUGUUCGGCGGCUGUGCGCUCAUCUGCGCGCUUGGUUUCUGGCGCCUCGGCGAGGCCAACCUCGAGAAGCGCGAGCUCGCCCGCGAAAAGGCCUGGUCGCGCAUCUACCUCGUCCCCGCCAUCCUCGCCGAGCAGGACCGCGACUCGCACCGCAGGUCACUGGCCGCCCUGGCGCGCGAGAAGGAGAUUAUGAACGAUGUGCCGGGCUGGGAGGCCGGCCAGUCGGUCUAUAACACCAAGCGCUACACGCCCAGCACCAUUGUCGUCCUCUAAGCUAGAGCUGGGCCAAACCAAAUGUAUAGCAUUGCACGGGCG